AUGAAUUUUUUUGAACUACCGUUGUCCAAUGGUUGGACAUUCAAAGACCGGGACGAUCAUGGCCCAGACGCAUGGAUGUCUGUACCGGCAGUUCCCUCUACUGUGCAGCAGGAUCUGAUUGCAAACAAAAGACUCGAAGAUCCUUACAUCGGUUUCAAUGAACUAAAGGCCCAAUGGGUCAACGAAAAAUUAUGGAUAUACCGAACAGAUUUGAAAAGACCUGAUAUUCCGACCGGCGCGAAAGUGGACAUUGUAUUCGAUGGUCUGGACACAUUUGCAUCAGUUACUCUCAAUGGCCAGAAUAUCCUGACAAGCAGUAACAUGUUUAUCGGUCAUCGGGUAGACGUCACAAGAUUUCUGCUUGAAUCCGAUGGCCCACAUGUGCUAGAGAUUGAGUUUGAUUGCGCUCAGUUAAAAGCCCAGGAGCUACGAAGCAAGUACCCAGACCACAGAUGGGAAGGCUUCAAUGGCGAUAUGGCACGCCUGGCUGUGCGUAAAGCUCAGUACCAUUGGGGUUGGGAUUGGGGCCCAGUCAUUAUGACUGCCGGAAUCUGGAGAGAUGUACGCUUAGAGGCAUACUCUGUUCGAGUGGCAGGGUUAUGGCCGCAGACACACCUGGAGCACAAUCACAAGACAGCGACCAUCACAGCUAUUGCUGAAAUCGAUGCUGCCAUCCCCGGGUGUUAUACAGUCAGCUUUUGUUUGUCUCUUAGAGGAAAGCAGAUUGCCUGUCAGAGCUUUUCAGUGGAAGUAAACUCCAGCAAGAGCAUCGAAGCAAACUUGCAGAUCAACAAUCCAGAGUUGUGGUGGCCUCAUGGGUACGGCUCUCAACCUUUGUACGAUAUGUCGGUUUCGGUUUCAGGAGGUCCUGAAAAGGAGCUGCAUAAAAUGUCCAAGCGUAUUGGCAUUCGAUUUGCUGAAGUUAUUCAACAACCUGACAAGCACGGUAAAUCAUUCUUUUUCCGAAUCAACGGGGAGGAUAUCUUCUGCGGUGGUUCUUGUUGGAUUCCAGCCGAUAGCCUGCUUCCUAGUAUCCGCCGAGAGCGAUACAAAAGUUGGAUUGAUCUCAUGGUAAAGGGAGGCCAGACCAUGGUCAGAGUUUGGGGCGGGGGAAUAUACGAGGAUAAAGCAUUCUAUGAGACUUGCGAUGAGAUGGGACUGCUUGUCUGGCAAGACUUUAUGUUUGCCUGUGGAAAUUACCCGGUUUGGCCUGAGCUACUGGAAUCGAUUCAGCGAGAGGUCACCUACAAUAUCUGCCGCUUGCGACACCAUCCCUCCAUUGUUAUAUAUGUGGGAAACAAUGAAGACUACCAAGUCCAGGAGCAGGCGAAUAUUACCUACAAUUACGAGGAUAAGGAUCCGGAGUCUUGGCUAAAGACGAAUUUCCCUGCACGCUAUAUCUACGAGAAGCUACUGCCGGAAACAGUGGCAGAGCUCUCCCCAAGUACAUUUUACCACCCAGGGAGCCCUUGGGGUGAUGGAAAAGUCACGUCAGACCCAACUGUUGGAGACAUGCAUCAGUGGAAUGUUUGGCAUGGAACACAGGAGAAGUAUCAGAUUUUUGAUACCCUCGGCGGCCGCUUCAAUAGCGAGUUUGGUAUGGAAGCGUUUCCACAUAUGUCAACGAUUGAUUAUUUUAUCGAAAAUGAGUCCGACAAGUUCCCGCAAUCGCAGGUUAUGGAUUUCCAUAAUAAAGCGGAUGGUCAUGAGCGACGACUAGCGACCUAUCUCGUGGAAAAUUUGCGCACGGCCACAGACCUUGAGACAUAUAUUCACCUUACCCAAGUGGUGCAGGCAGAGACGAUGAUGUUCGGGUACAGCGGAUGGCGUCGCCAAUGGGGCAAUGACCGUCAGUGUGGCGGAGCAUUGUUAUGGCAAAUCAAUGAUUGCUGGCCGACGAUCUCAUGGGCGAUUGUUGACUACUUCCAACGGCCUAAGCCUGCCUACUACACAGUGAAACGUGUGAUGGAGCCCCUGGCGGUUGGCGUUCGCCGUGAACACCAUGAUUGGAGUGUUGUUCACGCGAGACCCCCAACCAAGGCAAAGUAUGAAAUAUGGAUUGCGAGCAGCCGCCGCGAGUGUAUUAAAGCCACUCUCGAGCUUCGGUUCUUGUCAGUAGUCAGUGGCGAAAAUAUACGGCCCCCAAGUGUUCACGAUGUUACCAUUACUCCUAAUGGGACAACCAAUAUUGUCUCAGAUGGAGUUAUUGAUCAUAUCGCGCAGCCUGAGCCUCAUGUUCUUGCCGUACGACUCUGGGUGGACGGUCGCAUUGUUGCGCGUGAUGCCGAUUGGCCGCAGCCGUUGAAGUACCUUGACUUCUCUGACCGUGGGCUGGUAGUAAAGGCUCAGAAUGGGAAUGUCCCAGGACAGCAGAGACUCGCUAUUAGUGUACUAAGACCUGUCAAAUGUCUCGUAUUUGAGGAACGGGAUAAUGUGCAACUCAGCGAUAGCGCGUUGGACAUCAUGCCAGGGGAUGAACAAGUCGUGACAGUUUCGGGGCUCAGGUGGAGCGACUUACCACUGAAGUAUCGCUUUCUGGGCCAGUAA